CCCUUUAUUCAUCCACAACUACCAGAGAAUCAACCAUCCGAAUAAAAAUUGGACAUGGCUGACGAUUUUUUAUUAUCCUACAAAUUUUUUUAAGGAAACAUAUAAUUAAACUUUUGUAAGAGAUAAAAUAGCAGUUGAAGGUUUUCUAUCUUUUCUUUUUGCAGGAGUCUUAUUACACAAAGGUAUUUGAAACUUACUAAAGUUCCUUGAUUGAAUACUGAUUUGGUUACCAUAAUUAAGUACUACGUUUAUUGUCUUCUGUUAAUUAUGACUUUUGUUUGGCGCUGUCAUUAAAAACAGGUUUAAAAUAUCACGUACAUUAUGGAUGCAUCAUCUGAUUGUAUGUCAGAAGAAGCUGUCAAUGAAAGUACAGACCAAACAACUAAUUGUAUGAAUUUUUUACAAGAAAAAUCUGAACAAGAAGAAAAUGGUCAUAUAACACUUUCAGCUUGUGCUUCUGACGAUUGUGGAGACGGUACUGGAAGUGAUUGUAUCGGUAUUAUGUUGCCAAACUUAGAAACUUGUAUCCAACAAGAUGAAGAAAAUGAAAAUUCCAUGGUAGAAGCCUAUGAAAGUUCAAAACACAAUAUUUAUCAGUAUAAUGAGAACCAUAAAAAAAAUGAAUUAUCAAAUAAAAUUGCAAAGUCUGAAAUGAGUCCUAAUAAAAUUGUACAAUUGAAUGAUGUUCAAGUUAUCAAUGUUGUAAUGCAGGAGGAAGAACAAAACGACCAAGAUCUCAGUCAAGUAAUUAACACACAUCCAGAUCAAGAAAUGGUUCAAAAUAUAGAACCAUUACAUUUUGAUGAAACCAAUAGUGAAGAAAAUUUAGAUUCUCAUAUAGAUCAACAAGAAAAGACGCAGAAUGAAGAGGAUAAGAGGAAGCCGAUUGAAGAAAAUAUUUCAGUAAAUAAUUAUGAAAUGGAGGAAAGUUUACACAAUGAUGAUGAUGAAGAAGAUGAUGUAAACGAAUAUGCUACAAUGUCGGUUAGUGCUAAUCAAUAUAAUGUCGAUGACGAAGAUGAAACUAUACAUAAAGAAACAAUUUCUGAUUAUGAAAGCUACGUUGAUAAUAAUAAAGAAACAGAAUCUCUACAACACAGUAAUUCUGAAUGUGAAUUGAAUGACGAAUAUACACAUUUAACAAAUCCACCAGAGAUCCAAUUAACAAGUGAAGUUUUAACUGAAAAACAUCGUUCACUGGACCAUGUUACUUCAUCUAGUUCCACCUAUGAAGCCUAUUCAAAUGAAGUGGCUGCUCAUAAAAAAGAAAAAGAUAAAAUGCAUUUAAUUACUACUGGCUAUCGACAAAAAAAUAUUAUAAACAUAGCCGCAGCUUCUGCAAACAUUGAUAUUCAAGAUGAUGAGCCCAAUGAGAUUAUUGAACAAGAAAGAAAACAAACAACUGAUAAUGAAGAACAUUUAAUUCAAGAAAAUGUCGAAAAUAGUGAAAGUGAAUUGGGUAAUGAUGAAUUGGUUGAGAACAAUGACGGAGAAAUAAUUAUGAUUCAAAAAGGAGGAGAAGAAACUGCAAGUGAAGUUAUAGAAGAGAUUUAUUUUAUUCAAGAUGUUAGCGGUUGCAGUGAUAAUAAUUAUGAAAAAGAUAAAAAUACCAGUAAUAGCGAUGAAAAUAUUCAGCAAAAUGAUAAUCAAGAUGAAGAAGAAGAGGAAGAAGAAGAAGAAGAAGAAGAAGAAGAAGAAGAAAAUGAUAAUAAUUAUUCAAAGACAAAUGAAAAUACUGUAAUGAAAAAAAGUAACAUGUUGGAAAAAUCAAGAAAUGUUAUACAGGAUAUUUUUGAUGAUUGGGGAGAUGAAAAUGCUGAUGAAGAUAAUCAAAUAUUUUCAAACAAAAUUCAAGAUACCGUAGAAAUUGAACUGAAUAAUCUUCUUAAUGAUAAUAUGAAAAAGCAACCAGUAACAAGUAAUGAAACAUCACUAAAUGAAAAUAAAAACUAUAAAGAUGAGAGUGCUGUUAUUUUAAACAAUGAUGAGUGUGUUAAAAAUUUAGAAGAAACUCGAAUCAGUAUUGAAACCUCAGUAUCUUCAACAUCUUCAACACCUUCAUCUUCUUCAUCCUCGACUUUAGCCAAAAAACAAACAAGAAAUUCUAAACAACAAGUUCCAAGUUAUGUUCAACCAUAUGUUCGAGGAACAUACUCCUCAUCAGAAUUAUUUUUACAUUCUGAUGAAGAGGGCAGUUCCAAGAAAAAAUUGCAAUCACCGAGAUUAGGAGUAAAAGUUCCAAGCCGCCACUUGAAAAGUCAAAUUGCAACACCUGCUGAAGUUACGGAAGUUUUAAAAGAACGUCUCCGCGAAAAACAAAAGGAUUUAAAAAGUCCACAAGCUGCAGACAUUGUCUUUGUUAAAAAACUAACUCAAAGAUUUGCAAGUAAAAUAUGUGCUGGUGGCACAAUGCCUGUUCCUGCUUUAAUUCCAAUACAACAAUCUCGUGAUGAUCGUGCAGGUGUUGACAAUGACAAUCCUGACAAUAGGGAAUUACUUGCUAUUUUAGAAGGAGACGUAGAUCCAGAUUGGUCGAAACCUCAAUCUCUAGCAGCUGCUGGUUCAGAUGAAAAUAAUAUGACUGUCGAUAAAGAUCAUAACAACAGCAGUGGUGAAAAUAGUAAUAUAUCAAAAUUAAAUUCCGCUGCCCAACGAGAACUUGCUUUAAAACAACUUCUUGAAAUGCCAUCUACAGGAAACAAGAGAAUAAAGAAAAAAAAUUUGAAAAAUGAUUCAAAUAAAGUUGAAGACAUUGAAAAAUCAAGGUUGUCAGUAAAAGAAUCUGAAAAACAAAAAUCUAAAGAGGUAAAUAAAAAAGUGGAAACUAUUAAACAAAAAAGAAAUUCUUUAUCGACGUUGUUGUCAACAAAAGGGGCAUCAUCAUCAUCAUCAUCAUCAUCAUCAUCAUCAUCGCCUACUCAAAAACCAUUAAAAGAAAACGAUUCUCAAAAUACACCAUUAAUGACAACAGCAACAAGCACAUUACAAAUUCGUCGAAUUGAUGAAACAAGAUCUGGAAGAAAACGUAAACCAACUGAAAAAGCACUUGAACAGUAUGCUUCUAAACGACAAAAAACAAUCAAAACAAAAUCACCGCUUAAACAAGAUUCUGAAAUGAAAACAGAAAAAGGUUUAAUACUUGGUGCCACCAGUUCAACUAAGAAGAAAAAAUCAAAUUCUGAACAAGUUUCGAUUUCUGAUACUUUAAUAUCUAAUAACGAAAAAGAAUUAAAAGAGUCUAAUAAAAAAUGUAUAGAUUCCGUUGAUGAUAAUGAUGAUGAUGAUGAUGAUGACGUCAAAUUGACAUCUUCACCAUCAAUAACACCAACUAGUAUAAAAAAUGAAAAGAAUUUAAUACCAGGUCGAAAGGAAAAAAAUAACUUUUCAUUACCUACAGAAGAAAUUACUCCAAGAAAGUCAACAAGUGUUAUUACAAAAAGAGUGUUGACGCCAAGAACAAUGACGACAACAAUUAAGACAAAAAAAACGAUAAAUAUGCAAAAUAAAAUAUCGAUACCAGCAGCAAUGUCGUUAAAUAAAAGACCAGUUGGUAGACCAGCUAAAGUUAAUGUUUCUAAAUCACCAGCAGCCAGUUUUGGUAAAGAAAGAUUAACUUUUAAAAAAACGGAAAAGCCUAAACGGAAAAGAAGGACUGGAAUUAAAGAAAUUGACAAGUUAUUACAAGAUGAGGGUGUUGUAAAUCUUUUGUAUGAUGUGGGACAGCCAAGAAAAAGGCGUUUGAUUCCAAUUACAAAAUCACAAAAGAAAGUGAUGGAUAUAGAAAAAGCAGAAAGAGAUUUAGAUCUUCGUAAAAAACUUGUAAAAAGUACGGUACUUGGAUUGCGAGACAUUAAAUUAGAUAAAAUUGCAUUUCGCACAAAACGACGAUCAAGUCCUCUCAAAGAUACUAAUGCAGAAGAAACAUGUGCUGACAAAAGAAAAAAUUCUACUGAGAUAACGCCCACUGAAUUUAUUUACCCCGCAAAAAUAAGAAAUGCAGCUGAUGCUUCUGUAAUUGUGAGAAGACAUUCCUCUAGUUCAUUUUCAAGUGUUUCUGGUAGUCCAAGAGUUAGUAUUGACAGUCCUUUAGAGGUGGGAGGACAAUCUAACGACGAAACUAAUCACGGAUUGCGGUCGAAAAGAAAGCAGUCAUCUGAUAAAGAUACAAAGCAUAAUAUUUUAGAGGUAAAACGCAAUAAACAAUCCAAAGUCUUAGAAAAUUCUACAAAUACACUUGUAAAUGCUAAAAACACAAAAUCUACCAAAAUUGAUUAUACUCAAUCAGCUGAAAAAAUAAGCCCAAUAAAGAAGCAAAAUAAGGACGAAAUUGAUGAAAGAAAUAACAAAAAAAUUAUUAAAAGUUUAAGUUUUUCAAAUUUGAAUCAAGAUAAUGGUGCUAGCGGUAGUGGUAAUACAGUCGACAACUUGGAUAAAACUGAUAAAGUUACUACUAGAUCAAACGGUAAUGCAGCUAAUCAAAAAACAUUUUCACCAAACAAUAAGAAAAGAAAUAUCAAAGAAAAGUCCAACUCUUUGACAUUAAACAACACGAGUGCAACGGAAGAAGAAUCAGCUAAGAAUCAAGAUAAAUUAUCUGCUUGUUUGGCAGAAGCAGCAACAGCUCUUAGUAGUAACAGUACUAUCGCUUGUAGUAUAAGCAGUACGGGCAGUGAAAUUGGACACGCUUCAAGUAUUGGUGGUUCAACAGGUUGUAAAAAUAAAGCCUUUACAAAUGAUGUCAAAAAACAAACCGAUAAAUAUAAUAAUAGUAGUAACAACAACAGCAGCAAUAAUUCAACACACGGUGAGACAUCUCUUUUUAGCGACAAUAAGGAAAUAAAUGUCUGUCGCUAUGGAAACCUUGUACAAUUGAUAUUAACUCCAUCGUCAGCAAAAAUAACAAACGGAAUUACGUUAAAGGUGAUGCAAGAAUUAUGUGAUACAUUAUCAAUACUAAAAACAGAUGAGGAAUGUCGCGUUGUUCUUUUGACGUCUAAUGGUGGAACAAGCUUUUGUGAAGGCCUCGAUCUUUCCACUUUGUUACAUGCUAAUAAGGAGAAACGUAAACUUUAUGCCGAAGAAAUGGCAAAUGCUGUUAAGGAAUUUAUUAAAUGCUUGGCAACAUUUAAUAAGCCACUUGUAGCUGGGGUUCAAGGAGCUGCAGUUGGUUUAGGUGUAACCAUUUUACCCUUGUUUGAUUUAGUAAUAGCUAGUGAUAAAGCAACAUUUUAUACCCCUUAUGGUAAACUGGGACAAAUACCUGAAGGAGCGGCGAUAAUGACACUUUCCCAUGUUCAUGGAAGUGCAGUUGCUAGUGAAUUACUACUUGGAGGAAGAACGUUGACAGCAAGUGAAGCGUUGAGAGCAGGUCUUGUUACAAGGGUACUGUGGCCAGAAAGAUUUCCAUUAGAAUUAUUACCUUCAGUAAAGGCGAUGAGUGAGCAGUCUUCACAGUCAAUGGAAGCAACAAAGGCUCUUUUGCGUCAAAGUCUACGUGACAAGUUAAAUGCCGCUUUGGAAUCCGAAACUCAUAUCUUGGUAAAACAUUGGUGUUCAGAUGAAUGUCAAAUAGCCAUUAAAAAGUAUACUAUCAAACAAAUUGAGUGAAUUUCAGAAAUAAACAUGAUAAUGUUGGUGGUUAUAAUAAAAUUCCGAAAUAACAAGAAUACAUUUGUAUUCUUAUUGUAAAUCUACAACUCUGCAAUUCAUUGUUUAUUGUAUAUACAUCUAGACACACAUACACACACACACAUAUAUAUAUAUAAAUAUAUAUAUUUAAGUGUAGUAAUUGCACUAUACAUUAAUCUAUUAAUUUUUUCAAUUAAAAACAAAAAAAAUAAUUCAUAAACUAGUGUAUAAGUUUUGUUUCCGCAAGAUAAAAUAAUGAAAAAAAUUUCUUACUCAGAAUACAUUUCUGACUUACAACGUGUACACAAAUUCUUGUUAAUAAUUUUUUAUCAAUUAUGCAGAAUAUUUAAAUCACGAAUAAAAAUUUAUGUGUUAUGAGAAUAUGAGUUCUAAAAAAAUCAUCAUUUUUAUCGUGUAAUUACAGUUAGAAAUGGUCCUCAUCCAUAAAAAUAUAAUACAUCUCUAUUAUUUAAAAAUUUUUACAUUUGUAUCAUUCCAUCUCCAUAUAAACUAUAAAAAAGAACCACAAGUAUAUAUAAUAAAUAAAUUCUUAAUUGAAUCGUUUUAAGUUAAGAGUAAUGAAAUAUUUUCUUAUACCUUAAAAAUUUUGAAAUAAGGAUUGGAGAAAGUGUAAAUAUAUAAAACACCAAGAAUACACAUUUAAAAAAAUCUAAUUAUAUUAGCAUAUCUCAAAAUAUAUUGACAACUAUGAUUUAAAAAAAAUCAGAUAAAUUCUAUAAUUGUAGAAAACUAAACAGAAAUUAUGCUAAAUACAUACAUCACUAUAAUAGACAUUCGUCACAGACGAAAACAAAACAUACACAAAUACACACACACAUAUAUAUAUAAGUUAAUAAAUAAAGCAUUGGAUAGAUAUUAAUUAUAAAUAGUGACAUAAAAUAUAAAAAGGAAUAUUUUAAUAAUAAGACUUUAUAUAGUUGCAAAAAAUAAUUAAUAUGUACACUCUAUUCCUCAAUUAUAAAUAUAUUAAAAUAUUGUUAGAUUCAAAUAAAAAAAUAUACUUUAAAUUCACAAUUUUCUAAUCAUUUUCAAAAAAUUAUCAUGCGACAACAUCUAACAAAAUAAAUGUUAAUAUUUAUUUUUGUUUCGUCUAUUACCAAUCAAUAAUGUUUUGAAAUUUUUAGAAUUAAAGUUUCUAAUAAAGUA